UCCUCCUCCUCACCUCCUCACCUGUUUCAGGAAGAUUGAGGAGAAAGUUUUCAAACUGCUGUAACAGACACCGCGAACAAGUGAGAGUCUGAAGAGGAGUUUAAGAGUUGUUUUUUGUUUUUGGACGAGUCGCGUGAGCGGUGACGGAGAGUUUCACCUGCGGAGCGGAAGUUUACAGAAACCAGGCAUGGAGGAGCUAACAAUAUGGGAGCAACAUACAAUAACACUGAGCAAAGACCCCAAAGUGGGGUUUGGUUUUGCCAUUUCUGGAGGCAAGGACAAGCCUCACCCAGACAACGGGGAUACAGCUGUGGUGGUGUCAGAUGUGCUGCCAAAUGGACCGGCCUUAGGACGCCUUUUCAACAAAGACCAGAUUGUCAUGGUCAAUGGAGUUUCUAUGGAAAACGUUCACUCUAACUUCACCAUCCAGACCCUCAAAUCAUGUGGCAAGACUGCAAACAUAACCGUGAAACGUCCUCGAAAAAUCCAGAUCCCUGCAACCACCAGACCGACUCGUGCUGCCUCCCAUUCCAACCUGCUGGACGCAGACCCUCCCAGACGAACACGACGCUACUCUGACGGCAGCGACAACCGAGACAGCCGCUACCGUUAUCGCGCCCGCAGCACCUCGCCUGACCGCAACGGGCACGGGAACACACUACCGCUGAUGUCGUCGGGGUACAAGAGGCUGCCACGUCAGGAUGUAGCAGAGAAACCCAUCAAAACUACACUUGUGAAAAAGAGAAUCACAGAUGAGUACGGAUUGAAGCUCGGCAGUCAGAUCUUCAUCAAGCACAUGACAGACACAGGUCUGGCUGCAAAGGAGGGAACGCUGCAGGAGGGAGACCUUAUUCUCAAGAUCAAUGGCAUGACGACGGAGAAUCUGUCCCUGCUGGAAACGAAGCACCUGGUGGAGAAGAGCAGAGGCAAACUGACCAUGACGGUCCUCAGGGACGACCGCAAGUUCCUGGUCACCAUCCCAGAGGUGGAGGACAGCGCCCCCAACAGUGAGGACGACCGCCGCCGGGACAGCAGCUCUGAACUGGAGGACAUUUCAGACCUUGACGAGGAGAUCCCCACUCACAGAACGUCCCGUCACCCAAACAGAGAGAGACGGACACGCAGACGAGAGAGAGAGAGAGAGCGAGAGCGAGAGAGAGCUGAACUUCCUCCAGCCAAGUCUCGGGAUUCAUCGCCGGUGCGCUCAACCUUGUCUCGACCUCCCCCAAAAAGUUACGCCCCUCGCAGAGCUCCGUCUGAGUCGGAGUCGGACCACAGUGCCUCUCCACGUCCUGCCAGGAGAGAGAGUCCAGACGUGAGGGAUCACUCCAACAAAUACAAAUCUCUGUCUGGUAUGUCCACUCUCCCCAACCCUCACGCCUCUCCCGUAGUCCCCAACUGGACCGCCUCUCGAGCCUCCUCCUCCGCCUCGCGCCCUCGCAGGCCGGUGUCGGAGUCAGACUCUGACCGCAGCGCUUCCCCUCCACGACGCAGAGAGAGCCCCCGCCCAGACAGCAAAUACAAAGUUCUUCCUGACAUGCCUCUCCCAGGACUGAGAGGCUCCCCCAUCACUAUUCGCCAGGAGCCACCGAGGAGGGUCAACUCUCCUGUCAGAGCUCCGCUGCCGGACUCUGGGUCGGAGUCAGAAGAAAGCGUGGGGCGUCCCCAGAGGCAGAGCACCACCUACAGUCAGGACUCCCUCAGUAGAUACAGAGUCCUGCCUGAUGUCGCUCUGCAGCCGGAGGUGGAGCCAACACGAUGGAUCGAUCCGCCACAGGAAGCUCGUUCAGAGUCUGAAUCCGAGGACAGUUACACAUCCGUCCCUCGCAGGGAAUCUACUGGCAGUACAAACUCCAAAACUCACAACAGAUACAGAGUCCUGCCUGACAUCAAACCCGCUGCCAUCGCUGUGAAGCAGGAGCGUCCUCGUCGCAUCCCGUCACCUGCCAGACCUCCUCCUGAUGAUUCCUCGGAGUCCGACAAACUGUCACAUCUCAGGAGGUCUGGGAGCUCUGAGAGGGAGGAGAGCCACCGCAGAGCUCCCCGCACUGCUAAUGGAACCGGCAGGUCUGGGAUUUCAGUGAAGAGCAACCCACCAGCCCACACAAAGCCUGUAGAGGAGCCGAUCUACUCCCUACCUCCAGACUCCUACCCAUCACCUAAUCCAGGGUACAGCUCGGACGUUUACAAAGUGUCGUUUGUGAAGGAGAACAGUGUGGGUCUGAGGCUUGUGGGGGGAAACGAUGUCGGUAUAUUUGUGGGUGGAGUUCAACCAAACAGCCCCGCGUACGAAGAGGGGAUGAAAGAGGGAGACCAGAUCAUGCAGGUAAAUAAAGUGGAUUUUGGUCAUUUCACACGAGAAGAGGCUGCAAAUUUCCUCCUGAACAUCAAGAAAGGAGAGCGGAUUGAAAUCUGCACUCAGCACAAAAUGGACAUUUAUAAGAAGAUCAUCAAGUCCAACCUGGCAGACAACUUCUACAUUCGUACCCACUUUGACCACGAGGCAGAAGGCCCCAUCGGUCUGAGCUUCACCAGAGGAGAGGUGUUCAGGGUGGUGGACACGAUGCACCGCGGGAAGCUGGGAAACUGGCUGGCCAGCCGCAUGGGGAACGACCUGCGCGAGAUGGAUAAAGGCACCAUCCCAAACCAGGCCAGGGCUGAGACUCUGGCCAGCAUAGAGCAGGCGCAGCGGUCAAGCGGAGAGAGGCAGCCGUCGGCACCGAGAGCUGAGUUCUGGAAGCUACGGGGGCUCAGAGGGAACAAAAAGAAUGAGAAAAACGUCCGGCGGUCUCGUGACGACCUGCUGCAUCUCACCAUUCAGGGCAAAUUCCCGGCCUAUGAGAAAGUCCUGCUCAGAGAAGCUAAUUUCAAGCGACCCAUUGUCAUUAUGGGUCCUCUUAAUGAUAUUGCCAUGGAGAAGCUGGCCAGAGAGAUGCCCGAUGAAUACGAAGUGGCAGACAUGGUUCCUCGCAGUGGAGACAGCAGCUCCACAGUUAUUAAACUGGACACUGUGAGGAGAAUAGCAGAGAAGGACAAGCACCCUCUCCUGGACAUCACUCCCACUGCAGUGGAAAGGCUGAACUACAUCCAGUACCACCCCAUGGUGCUGUUCCUGGACCCUCACAGCCGCAAAGACGUCAAGGCCAUGAGGCAGAGGUACAGCCCCAACUCCAACAAGAGCUCCAGACGCCUUUACUCACAGGCGCUCAAGCUGAGGAAACACUGCAGCCACCUUUUCUCAGCACGUGUUGACCUGCAGCCCGGCUCUAACAUUUGGUACGACAGUCUGAAAGAUAAGAUCCGCCACCAACAGUCAAAACCUGUCUGGGUGUCUGAAGUGACGUUGGAGAGAGGUGGAGAACAGGACUUGGAUGCUCUGGACCAAACUCAGUCCGACUACCUCAGCGCUGCCAGUGACCUGGAGGACACUGAUGGAGAGGCCUUCACCGACGAGGCCUACACCGACGAGGACCUGGAGGAGGCUUACAGGGAUCACAACGAAGCCACGCUCCCCAGAGGCUCCAGAGUAGCUGGAGCCGCUUUAGCCCGAUCGUCUGAGCCCGCCUCUGAGCAGCACAGCUCCGACGUGGACGUGGAGCCUCACGACAACACACGCUCAGCCAGAGAAAUCCCUCCUUUGAUGCACGUGCCGGAGCCCAGGGCCCCCCGCCGGCAGAGUUACAGCCCGCCUCACAGCCCUGCUGAGGAGGAAGAGCGCUCUCAUCGCAGCUUUACAGACUCAGAUUUCAGCGCCCUCGAUGUAGUUCCACCUGCCACUCCAUCAGAAGGGCCCCCCGAUUUUAUAGCCCCCGACCCCACCACUCGGUACUCUUCAAACGAGCCUUCAUACGCCGAGGCUCCGGCUGAGAGCCCUCAACAAGCCAGCCUGUCUGCUAUCGAGGAGAAAUUACAACAGGCUCGCUCUGCGGAGCCACAGGCACAACCCGAGGAGAAGAAGGGCCCUCAGUUCAUCGUACUAGCACAUCAUCACCAAGCAGUGCAGUACAGACGCACACAGAUCCGAGGCAGCGACAGCUCCGAGGACGACGAGGACGAGGUGGAUGACAUUGAAUGGGGUCCUGCAACAGAACUGUAGUUUGCAUAGAGGAUUUAAGAUGCAGCCGACUGAUUUUAACAUGGACAGAGACACUAUUUCACUCCCCAAGAAACUGUUGGAUCAUUUUGUAUUUUCUCUGCAGAACAAAAGUUUUGGCCGAAGAUGUUGGUCGGCCUGAGGCUUCGCUCAGGAGUGGAUGUUGGAGAUUUUUACGACCUUUCACAGAUUAUUAAAGCAUCUAAAGAAAGGUUCUCACCUGAAUGUUAAGAUCAAAGUGCCUGAUUUCUUAUCAUGUUUGUAUUUAAAUGUCAAACAAAUCAGUUUGUCCUUUGCUACUGUAUGUAACAUAUAAACAAAUGUUAGUUUUUAUUAAAAAUCAUACUAAUAUGUCUUCAUAGAAAUAUGCACGUUUAUGAAAUGUUUGAAUGCCUCUUUAAAUUUUUCUACAUUAAACUUUGUUUUCCUGACUUCAAAUGUGGCUUUGUUCGAUACUGCUUUUACAUUUUUGCCAGGGUUCCCAAAAGUAAACACACUCUGCUAACAGAUGAUCUCUGCUACUACUGAUGUGAAAAUGACUUGUAUUUGUGUGGACGACCGAUAAUUAGAAAAUGAAUCUUUAAAACUGGGAAAAAGAGCAAUCAGCUGAGACCCUCAGGGGCCCCAAAGGCAGCAGGCUCAUUCUGUUGCAAUUGUUUUGUGCUUUACUUUAUGAAUUAAAAUGUAUUUGUUAACAGAUACAACUAAAGCGCAGUAUGAACAGAAA